UACCGCGGGCAUGCAGGCAAGGCGGCCCUGUUUUCCGAUGUGCGGAAUAUCGCGCUCGACCCGCCUUCCAUACUUCUCAUGGACUCCGGCGCGUACACGAUACAAGAAUUCAUUUGCGCGACGUGCGAAACAUACCUCGGAUGGAAGUUCGUCCGAGCCCACGAUGCGCCCGAACGGUGGAAAGAGGGACAUUUCAUCCUCGAGCUUGACUUCGUCGAGGAGCAGAGGACGGAUGACGCGGGUGAUCCUGUGGAUGUUGCCAGGCCAAGUUCUCGGAUAGCCAAUGGCCUCCACAGACGGACAAUGUCAGCGGCCGACCCCCGACCCCCGACGCCGAAGGCUGUCCGGCAAGGCUCUCGGAGUCUUCAGGCAGGCGCCCAAGAGCAACGGAGAGUAGAUGAUGCCGCACCGUUCUGGCAGCCGAGAUGA